GAUUUGGACAACUGCCGAGAACUUUCAGGUGAAAGGUUCGAAGAGGUGAUGAAGGCGUGGGAGGAUCGACUGGUGUUCUUCAAGAAGCUUACUUCAGAGCUCAAGCUCAUGCAUGAGCAUGCUUCUCGAAGCAUGUGGACUGAUACAUCCAGCUGUACUGGCAGCCAAAGGGUGCAUGCGGAUGGCUUGGCAAGGUGCGUGCGCGACUUUCUUCGGCAGGAGGAGGUGGAGCGCAAGAAGCGGCUGCAAACCGCCUUGGAUAUGCCAAGUUCGGGGGACGAGCAGAUGUCCUCGCCAAAUCUGGCAGCAGACGCAGCUGACGUCGAAGUGGAGCCUGGAUGGCCGGAGGUGCUGAAGAAUGCCACAGAGAUGCACGAGCUGGUGCGUGAUCUGGAGUUGAAGCAGAACCUGCACAACAAGAUCGAGGAUGUAGAUGACCCGCUGCAGCAGUGGGAGCUGGAGGAGGCCGACCCGAUGAGCUUCUUCCCAGUGAUGCCCGAGGAUGAGGAAGCGUGGGAAGAGAUGGACGAGCCAAUCCUGCACAUGCCGGUGGUUGAGAGCCAGCAGAGCCCUGCAAGGUGCAAGCCUGGCUUGGUGCGCCAAGCCGUUGUGGCAGCAAGUGGUGCAGCCAAGCUGGUGAGCUGGUGGCGGCUCUUGCCUCGGAGGACUCACCAGCCGAAGGCCUACCGUGGCUACAGUUCAGACGUCCUUUCAACAUGA